AUGACAGAAGGUGGCAUCAUGGCCCAGCCUCAGGCUGACUCUGACGCCGCCGCCACUCUCGAGAAGUUGGGAGUGAAGCAGGAGCUGCAGAGGAAUUUCUCCCGUGUUUCUAUGCUUGGUCUCGCGUUCGCCAUCCUGAACAGUUGGACUGCUCUGGCCGCCUCACUUUCCCUGGCCCUCCCCUCUGGAGGACCCUCGGCCAUCCUUUGGGGUCUCAUCGUCUCUGGGCUCUGCAAUCUCUGUCUUGCCGCCUCGCUCGCCGAGUUCCUCUCAGCCUGGCCCACGGCCGGCGGUCAAUACCACUGGGUUGCCAUCAUCUCCUGGAAGCGUUCUAGCAGGGCCAUCUCAUAUUCGACAGGCUGGAUCAACACCGCCGCCUGGGUGUGUUUGACAGCCACCGGUGGUCUCUUGGGAAGCGAGCUCAUCCUCGGCAUCAUCUCGCUGCUGAAUCCCACCUUCGAGCCCAAGCCCUGGCACCAGUUCCUCCUCUACAUUGCCUACACUCUCACUGCCUUCUUCCUCAAUGCUUUUGCCAACCGUCUCCUACCAUACUUCAACAAAGCUGCCUUCCUCUGGUCGCUAUCUGGUUUCACCAUCAUCUGCAUCACUGUGCUCUCUUGCGCCUCUCCCAACUAUCAAAGCGGGUCGUUCGUGUUUGGCGGCUUUAUCAACGAUGUCUCCUGGCCGGAUGGGUUGGCCUGGAUGCUUGGUCUCCUGCAAGGGAGCUUCAGUCUCACGGGUUUUGACGCAACUGUACAUAUGAUUGAGGAAAUCCCACGUCCCCAGAUCGAAGGCCCAAAGAUCAUGCUUUACGCAAUCUGCAUUGGCAUGUUCACCGGUUUCAUCUUCUUGGCCUGCCUCCUGUUCGUCCUCAAGGACGUCAACGCCGUCAUUGAGUCUGCCGCAGGACCUCUCUUACAAAUCCUCUACGACGCUACCAACAAUAAGGCCGGUGCGGUCUGUUUGUUGAUGUUUCCUGUCGUCUGCAUGCUGUUCACAACGACCUCCAUCAUGACCACGAGCUCUAGAAUGAGCUAUGCCUUCGCCCGCGACCGCGGCCUGCCCGCUAGCCGCGUCUUUUCCAAGGUCCACAAGGGCCUUGACGUGCCCCUCAAUGCCUUGAUCUGGACCACCGUCUGGGUCAUCAUCUUUGGCUGCGUCUUCCUGGGCAGCGACUCUGCUUUCAAUGCUAUUACUGCCGCCAGUGUUGUCGCUCUUGGUGUCACAUAUGCCAUUCCUCCAGCCAUCAACGUUAUGAGAGGUCGCAAGAUGUUGCCGGAGACACGGGCAUUCAGGAUGCCAGAGUGGCUGGGCUGGUUCACUAACCUCGUUGGCAUCGGUUGGACGCUCUUGACGACCGUUCUCUUUGUCUUCCCUCCUGAGCAACCUGUGACGGGAACAAACAUGAACUACGCGGUUGUUGCUUUUGGUGUUGUUCUCAUCAUCGCCAUUGUCCAGUGGCUGAUUGACGGCCGAAAGAACUAUGAAGGACCCAUUAUCGAUGCCGAAGUCAUGGGCCUGGGCAAGGAGAUUGUCGAGGGCGUCGCAGGUGCGGAAAGCAAGCCAUCAGGGAACGAGACGAUCGAGUCGAAGGCAGUAGAUCAGUAA